AUGUCAGACAAGAAGGAACAGCAGUUUGGUAUCGACAAGACCAUGAUGCCCGAGCACGAGACAGACCCCAAACACACACACGGACCAGUCGGCGGCGUGAGGCUCGACGAGGAGCAGGUGUCUACAUUGGAGGCGCCCAAGACGAAGGAGGAGCUGAAGGAGGCAGCCAGGGAGCUGAACAAGUAG